UUCUGCCUACCACCCCGGGUCCGGGCCACUUUUAGGGCCGGGCGCACUACGGUGCGCGGCCCGGGGGCCCAGUAUAUGACCCGCCGUCCUGCUGCCGCUCGCUCCCCCCGCCCCAUGUGGCUGCGGGGCCGCGGCGGCGCUGCCCACUAUGGCCCGGAAAGCAGUUAGCAGGAAACGGAAAGCACCCGUCUCUCCGGGAGCUGGGAGCGACGCUCAGGGCCCGCAGUUUGGCUGGGAUCACUCACUUCAGAAAAGAAAAAGACUCCCUCCAGUGAAGAGGUCCUUAGUGUACUACCUGAAGAGCCGGGAAGUCAAGCUACAGAGUGAAACCAGCUACUCCCGGGUGUUACAUGGUUAUGCAGCACAGCAACUUCCCAGUCUCCUGAAAGAGAGAGAGUUUCACCUUGGGACCCUUAAUAAAGUGUUUGCAUCUCAGUGGCUGAAUCAUAGGCAAGUGGUGUGUGGUACGAAAUGCAACACGCUUUUUGUAGUGGAUGUCCAGACAAGCCAGAUCACUAAGAUUCCCAUUCUGAAAGACCGGGAGCCUGGAGGAGUGACCCAGCAGGGCUGUGGUAUCCAUGCCAUUGAGCUGAAUCCCUCUAGGACACUGUUAGCCACUGGAGGAGACAACCCUAACAGUCUUGCUAUCUACCGGCUGCCUACAUUAGAUCCUGUGUGCGUGGGAGAUGAUGGACACAAGGACUGGAUCUUUUCCAUUGCAUGGAUCAGCGACACCAUGGCUGUGUCUGGCUCACGUGAUGGUUCUAUGGGUCUCUGGGAGGUGACAGAUGAUGUGUUGACCAAAAGUGAUGCACGGCACAAUGUGUCACGGGUCCCUAUGUAUGCCCACAUCACUCACAAGGCCUUAAAGGACAUCCCCAAGGAGGACACAAACCCUGACAACUGCAAGGUCCGGGCUCUGGCCUUCAACAACAAGAAUAAGGAAUUGGGAGCAGUGUCUCUGGAUGGUUAUUUUCAUCUUUGGAAAGCCGAAAAUACACUGUCUAAGCUUCUCUCCACCAAACUGCCGUAUUGCCGUGAAAAUGUCUGUCUGGCCUAUGGCAGUGAAUGGUCAGUGUAUGCAGUGGGCUCCCAAGCACAUGUGUCUUUCUUGGAUCCACGACAGCCAUCUUACAACGUGAAGUCUGUCUGCUCCAGGGAGCGAGGCAGUGGGAUCCGGUCAGUGAGCUUCUACGAGCACAUCAUCACUGUGGGCACAGGGCAGGGCUCCCUGCUAUUCUAUGACAUCCGAGCACAGAGAUUUCUGGAAGAGAGGCUGUCAGCUUGUUAUGGAUCCAAGCCCAGACUAGCAGGAGAGAACCUGAAACUAACCACUGGCAAAGGUUGGCUGAAUCAUGAUGAAACCUGGAGGAAUUACUUUUCGGACAUUGAUUUCUUCCCCAAUGCUGUUUACACCCACUGCUACGACUCGUCUGGAACGAAACUCUUUGUGGCAGGAGGUCCCCUUCCUUCAGGGCUCCAUGGAAACUAUGCUGGGCUCUGGAGUUAACGACAACUCUCUCCCAAAAUGCAGAGAUUUACACUUCUAUCCUCAGUUUCCUUGUUUAUUCUUUUGAUUUUUUUUUUCCAGUUGUGUGAAGCUCUCAAUUUUUAGUGGGAACACCAGAAUUUACCUAUGGUUUA